AUGCCGCCCAUUGGCACGAGCUUCCGCAGCAUCAUGCGCGGCAACUCGUCGUCCGAGAACUCGUCGUCGUCCACGUCGGACGAGAACGAGAUCCAGAUGCAGGGCUGGAUGCGCAAGCAGAAGGAGACGCUGCGGUCCUGGGCGCGCCGCUACUUUACGCUCGCCGGCAAGACGCUCACGUACUACGACAGCGAAGACACGAGUCGCGGCGCGCGCGGUGUGCUCGAGUUUGUCGACGUGACGGCGCUCACGACCGAGCACAAUGGCCUGGCGCUCCACCUGGUGAACGGCAAAGAAGUGCGGCUGCUGGCCGACACGCACGUGGCGUACGCGGCCUGGAUGGCCGUCAUGUCGGCCGCUGUCAAGCGCCCGCGCUCGACCAAGACGCGCACGAGCAAAGAAGGCUGGGCCCACUGCCUCACGGACGACGAGGUCUGGACGCGCUUCUUUGUCGUGAUCAAGCACGACAGCUUUAGCUGCUACGAGUCGGAAGACGACGACGCCGAGCUGGCGCUCUCGGGCUUGAUCCGCGCCGUCAACGAGUGGGACGGCAAGCGCUUUGGCAUUGUGUGCUCGCUCAACCGCGGCCGCACGAUCAAGCUGUGCUUUGACUCGGCCGAAGAGCGCAUGUCGUGGUUCCUCACGCUCGAGUUUUCCGUCUCGUACGGCGCGGCACGGAUGAAGAAGGAAGCUGCGGGCACGGCCGCCAAAGGUGGUAGCGACGCGACGCCAGUCGUCGUGCGUGCAGACUCGGGCAAGUCGGACGCGGCCGCCGAGGCACAAGAGGACGAUGGCGUCUGGAUUUAG